AUGUUUCCCUUUGAUGAAAGGUCACCCAGUGCCUCACGCCCCGCUACAGAGGUUACUUCUUUCUAUAGCAGCCGGGACGGUUCACAUACUACAAACGACUCCACGGAUUGUAGUACUGUAACCAGUGCCCGCGGGGGCAGUCGCUUGGUCGCCGAACUUCGCCUUGAGUUGGAGAUGCGUGACGAACGUAUCAAAGAGCUGGAGGGUGCUUAUGACGAGCUUUUACGCAAAUCAAACUUUGACCAAGGACAACUGCAGUGUGAUUUGCAAAAAACAAGGGAUGAGCUUGCCAGCACACUGGAGACCCUGAAUGCGCUGCAGAAGGGAACUGGUAAGGAAGGAGAAGGCAACCUGACGCAAGAAACCGGGGAUCAUUCGGUUUACAAAAAAAAUAUCGCUAGUGCUGGCGAUAAUGAUCCCCGUAGUGCUGAUUAUAACCCGGUCACAGGAAAAGUGGCCGAAGAACAACUUGCUCGACUGGUUAACGAAUUCACAGACGAAAAAGAAAGUCUACUUGCCGCAUUGAAAGCUGCAGAAGAUGAGAGAGAAGAACUGAGGAAGGUGGCAGAAGAUGAUAAGAAAAUUAUUACGGCAUCUGAGUGUGAGAAGGAGAAAUUGGUUGCUGCACUGAAAGCUGCAGAAGAUGAGAGAGAAGAACUGAGGAAGGUGGCAGAAGAUGAUAAGAAAAUUAUUACGGCAUCCGAGUGUGAGAAGGAGAAAUUGGUUGCCGCACUGAAAGCUGCAGAAGAUGAGAGGGAAGAACUGAGGAAGGUGGCAGAAGAUGAUAAGAAAAUUAUUACGGCAUCUGAGUGUGAGAAGGAGAAAUUGGUUGCUGCACUGAAAGCUGCAGAAGAUGAGAGAGAAGAACUGAGGAAGGUGGCAGAAGAUGAUAAGAAAAUUAUUACGGCGUCCGAGUGUGAGAAGGAGAAAUUGGUUGCUGCACUGAAAGCUGCAGAAGAUGAGAGGGAAGAACUGAGGAAGGUGGCAGAAGAUGAUAAGAAAAUUAUUACGGCAUCCGAGUGUGAGAAGGAGAAAUUGGUUGCCGCAUUGAAAGCUGCAGAAGAUGAGAGGGAAGAACUGAGGAAGGUGGCAGAAGAUGAUAAGAAAAUUAUUACGGCAUCCGAGUGUGAGAAGGAGAAAUUACUUGCCGCACUGAAAGCUGCAGAAGAUGAGAAUGUGACACUCUCAACGUCUUUGAAGGAGACUGUAGAGUCAUUGGAAGAAAUUCGUCGACAGAAUAUUUGGGCACUCAAAGAAAGAGAUGAGGCUCUGAACUCCUUGAAAACUGAGCGACGGAGGAUGCACGAAUCAUCUCCUUCAGCGGAUCCUGGAGACACAGAAGCACCACUUUUGGAACCAGGUAAAGCAACGAACAGGAGGUUCAGACUGUAUGGUAUGUGCCCUCGAUGUACUGUAAUGUGA